AUGAUUGCCUUACGUAAUUUUGGCACGCGAUUUUUGAACACACGUAUUAUUCAUAAUACCACAACUAUUAAAUUACCACAACGGGCAUAUAAUAAUAAUUAUGGCCGUUAUAGAUAUGAAGAAGUAGCCAGAGUAGCUAAACCCGCACCUUUAUGGGAAGCCUCUGCAGCUGUUGAUGGAGUUAUUAAACCACUUUCACUUAAAGACUAUAUUUCUAAAUAUUUGGUUAUGAUUUUUUAUCCUAUGGAUUGGACUUUUGGUAAGGAAUGUGAUAUGCACCUUAAUACGGAAGUAGUUGGUAUCUCUUGUGAUUCACCUCAUUCUCAUAUCGCUCAAGGUGGACUUGGUGGUAUCAAGAUUCCUUUGAUUGCCGAUCAAACGAAAAAGAUUACAAGAAGAUAUGGAUGCUUGUAUGAAGAAAAUGGAUUUCCUUUCAGGGGUACUUUCAUUAUUGAUGACAAGGGUAUUCUUCGCGUUGCACAUGUUAACGAUACUCAGAUCGGUCGAUCUGUUGAUGAAACACUUCGUCUUGUAGAAGCCAUUCAGUUCACAAACAAACACGGUGAAGUUUGUCCAGUGAACUGGAAAAGUGGAGAUCGCACGAUAGUUCCAGAUCCAACGUUAUCCAAGGAUUAUUUUUCUAAAAUUUAA